AUGUCGAGGCAGAGCAACAAAGAAGACUGGCACGAGCAACUGAUUGAAGCUGCUCAGGCAAGAUACAGGUAUGCUGUCCGUAUGAAUCACAGGAAUCAGAACUGUUGGAGGGAUGCGGUGAACCUUUUGGAGGGAUCGAGGAAAAGGAUAUGUGUGCAGAAAGGAGGGCAGAAUGCAGGUGUGGUUGUAGGCCUCCCUCCCAAACUUGCUCCAACUGUCGUGCAAGUGCUCACGAGGAUAGUCAAGGGAGAUGAGGAGGUAGUCCUGCGGGAGCAUCGAGACUGCACAGAGACCGAUAUCUCCGAGGAUUCCGUGGUGCGACGACGACGAUACCGAGACUCGGCCUACGCCAUCCUCGCGGCUCUUUGGUUGGAGUACGAGGGACCUGAGGAGAAUCCUCAGCCAACGAUAGUGGUGCAGCGAAGAGCUCAGAAGCAUACCGACAACCCCAUGGAGUACGACUGGAGGUCGAGGGCCCAUGGCGCAUGGAAGGCCAAGGACGAUCUUGUGAAGAAGAAGAUGGUGAAGGAGUUUGUUGGGAUUGGCAACGGAGGGAAGUCAUACGCGCUGACGAGGCUGGGAGCCAGAGUUUGCUUCUACAUCUUCACAGAGAUGUUCCAUCCCAAGAUUUUCGACCAAUAUGCACUCAUUGAGCCUCGCAACGGCUUCGCAGAUCGUGACGGAAACUUUGUGGCGGACGAGGGCAAGAGGGCACGGGGGAAGCAGGCGAAAGCUGUGCAUUCCUCCAGCAAGAAGAAGAGUGCUCCUACGUCGCACCUGGGUAUCGUUGAUAGCUUCCAUGAUGCAGACAAAGUUGUCUCGGAAGACUCGUUCGAAGCUGAAGAUAUCUUUCGAACAAGCCUCUCAUUGAUAUCUCCUCAUGUGUUCAGGGGUGAGGAGGAAAAUUUUGACUCAGGGAGGAUGAGGGAUAUAGGGAGUCCAAGUUCCGGGGUGCAGAAGGAUGAAAUGAUCCGAGCUCGCCUGAAGAGAUUCGACCUUCCCUCCUCCUCAAAGUUGAGAGAUAACACUACAGCAGCAAGUGCUACGAGGGGAAGUUGUGCUAGUGAACAGAGACAUUCGCAGUCCCUGAUGGGUAGGAGCGAAAAGGGCGCCAGUGCGAUUUGUACGAGCCGCAAGAGACCGUUGAGCAUCCAUGAUUGCGUCUCCGAUGAGGAUGACGUGAUUGUUGCAGAACUCUCUCCUUCUCCAAGAGCUUCUCCUCGUGAGCCAGCAGCUAAGAGGUUGAAGUUUGGAGCAGGCACAGAACAAGAGGAGGGUACAGCAACUGUUCUUGCUCAGCAUGAGGUCAGCGCGGCAGCGGGGGCAGGAUGCAGUGCAGCAAUGGAGGACGUGAUCGAUCUCACUGAAGAAGUUUCCUUCCGAGCAUCAGAGAAGAGCGCGGGGGACGCGACCCACGUGUCCAUCAGUGACUCUGAAAGCUUCGUCGACCUCACAGAGGAGCAGCAGGAAAAUUCGUUCUCCCUCACCUCAGCCUGUGUCGCCGCAACUACCUCCUCCCCCUCCUCCCCUCCCUCAUCCUUUUCCGCCCUCCCUGGUGCUUCUGCUGAUUCUGAAAGUGCCGCCUCCUCGUCUGCUUUCCCCGCACACUCUGGCGGGCUGGUGUCCUCCCUCCCGGAUUCGAAUCUGCUGCUGUUGGUGGAUCGACGCGAGAGAAAGCAGAACGCAACUUACCGCUCCUUCUUCCGCAGCAUCCACGACAUGGUGUUGAAGCAUGCGAAUGUGGAAAGCGAGGAAGUGACUCUGACCGUUGGGGAUUUCGCUCUGGUUUCACGGCAUGACGAUCAGGAGCGAGGGGAGAUGAGAAAGGCCGACGAAGAGGAAGUCGAGGACGAGGACGAGGAGGAGCGGGGACAGGAGAAGCAGAAAUGGCCAGAUGUGGGAGGGAAGAGCUGCCAGAUUGUCAUCGAGAGGAAGACGGUGGACGAUAUUGUGAGCCGAUCAGCAGAGAAGGAGGAGGGUCCUCACUUCAGGCAGGAGAGGGUCAUGAGGGUUGCAGGCUGCCCGUUCAGCUGCUUUCUUCUUGAAGGAGAGCUGGAUGCCGCGGAUCGAUCGAAGCCACGGGUGCUUCCGGGGAGGGAGGAGGAGGAGAGGAGGAGGAGGGACGUGAUCUGGAGGAGGGAGGACUUGCUGCGGUUCUUGUGCGGCGUCGUCUGUCGAAACUACGACAAGAAUUCCGUGGUGCUCGCUCAGACCUUCAACGCCAUCGACUCCGCCAUGCUCCUCGCAGCUCUGAGCAAGGUGUACACCUGGAAAUGGCAUAGGAGUGGAGGACUUGGAAGAGGCCAAAGGCUGUCGCACCUUCAGCAGCAGUGGAGCUCAAGGUCGCGGAGAGCAAGUGAGGAGCAGCUUGCCAAGAGGCUGCAAGUGAACCAAGUCUCGCCCGAGAUGACAACUCGUGUGCUUCGUCGCUUCGGAAGUGAGGAGGCGCUCAUGGGGGGGUAUCGGGCAUGCAAGGGCAGGCAUCAGCAGCAGGAGCUGCUCGCUGACCUAUCUUCUGCUGCCUGCAACAGCAUGGCGACGAAGGACUCGCUCAAGGCAGCCGAUCUGCGAGAGGACAAUCAGAGGAUUUGGAGGUCAAUGAUGCGAGAAGGUCUGGGGGAAGAGGAGAGGAAAGAGACAGGAGCAGAGGCAGACAGGGGAGUGCAGUGCGCUACACGGCGGUAUGUGGCUGUGAGCAUGUGCGAGAGGAUGAAGGAGAUGCUGGAGCAGCACAAGGUAGAGGCAGGAGCUCUCUUCCUAGGGAUGGACGUCAAUCUCACUCUGGCGGACGCUCAAGACAACAUGUUCCCUUGGUGUGAGAUCACGACCAGACGGCUCUCUCCCUCCUUCCUGACCUCCUCCUCCUCCUCCUCCUUGUUCGUCGUCGUCCUCACAGGGCAGCAAGUGCUGGAAGCCCUCGCCGCCUCCUUCGAUGCAGUGCAUGGGUCAGUGCGGGCCAGGGAAGGAGGUGGAGACUCAUUCAACCUGCUGGUGGUGGAAGAGGCAGUCAAGAGGGUGGAGGAAGGCUUCUCGUCUCAGUUCUCGUCUCGUCUACAGGGGCAGCAGCAGCUGGAUCGCUCUCCCCAGGUCAUCCUGCUCCUCGAGAACCUCGGCAAUGGCUGCGGAGUUCAUGGAGCCUGUGGAAGGCUCAAGAAGCUCCAUGCCGAAAAGCUCAAGGAGAGGUCCCAGGGAGGAGCAGGAGCAGGAGCAGGAGCAGGAGCAGGAGGCAUUAUCUUGGGGGCGGCAGGCAGAGAAAUCUCUUUCGAAGCUGCUUGCUUCCUCACAAGCCAGCUGCAUCCCCUCCUGAACGUCUUCUUCGCCUUCCUCUUCCUUGAGCGGGGCUUCCAUCUCCUCCACACAAAGCACGAGAGGUUCCCCACCAACGGGGACGUGACCAGCGAGCUGAUCGCAGGCAUGCAUGACCUCGCGCUACUGGGAUAUCUCGCCUGGCCCGCCUCGGAUCACACCUCAGCUCGCCCUUCGCCUCAGAGUGCUGUGCUCGCAAUGAACAUGGCGAUGACAGUGAUGGCGAUGGCGAUGGCGAUGGCGAUGGCGAUGGAGGCGGCGGCAUGGCAGGUGACGACGAGUCCAGCGAUCUUCACAAUGACAAUGCGGACGAGGACGACGAGGAACUCUGUUUCUGCGUCCAUCCCCACGGCAUCUCUCACCCCCGCAACCCACGUCACAAACUAUCGUAGACCAUACGGGCAUGCUGAAGAGGAACGGGUGAAGAAAGGAGGAGGAGCGAUCGCCGCAAACGUGGCAAGACGAGGAUACGAUGGCGGGACAUGCCAUCAAUCGGGCUCGUUUUUCAUCGGGAGCAGCUUGAAAGGCCUUGCAAGAAGCUGGCAGGAGGUCCGACGAAGAGUGCAGAGGAUGCUGGUGAUGGUGCAGGAGAGGACGAUGCAGGCGAGCAGCGACGAUUUCUUGCGGCUCUAUGCAGGAGAGUUCGAAGGGGAGGAAGUAGGGAGGCAGGGUACCCUGCGAUCCAUCAAGCUACAUGCACGGGUUUCCCUCCCUGCACUUGGGAAAGCAUGCUUCUUCGUGAAGGAGCAGACGGACAGAGGGCGAGGAUGGGUGUACAGGAUUCGGAUAGCUGUGAUAGAGGAGGAGGAGGAAGGGAGGAGGUUCGUUGCGAAGCACUAUGACAUCAAGGACGUGCAGGAGAUGGCAAGGGAGAUGUCGACGGAGGAGAGUGUGAAGAUGAUAGAGGGGCUGGAACCGCGCUCAGAGCUUGUCUACUCUCCUGGCAGCGAUGUUGUGUUUGUGAGGAGGGAGGGAGACAAGGACGAGUUCGAGGUCAACGUGGCAUACGAGGAGUGUACGAGCACAAGCAAGGAGGGGAGGACGAAGACGGAGAUCAAGGGGGUUUUGUCAGAGGAGAGCUGGUUGGUGAAGGCCAGGAUCGAAGACGCGGACGGGAAUCUGAUUGCGAGGAACGAGUUGCAACUUGUGCGGACUGAGAGAGAAUGA